UCCACCUGCAAUCUACAGAGGAGUCUCGAAUCUACGGAGGAGCCUUCCAAUAUUUGGAUGUAUGUGCUCUGGAAUAUGAAGUGGUUUAUUUUCAGAAGGCAGGAAAAAUAAACGUUUUUCCCCCUUGUUUGGUAUUUCAGCCUCGCAUCAAUUCUUACACGGGCAGUUGAGCGAAUUUAUUUCAUAUUUUGACCACACGGAAAAUGAAAAUAUCUUUUAUCAGGGCUCGUGCAACCUCGAGAUCUCUUUGAUACAUUAAAAAUAAACGUAAUUGGUCUCCACACUUUCAGAAAUCAGGACACGGGCAAAGUCCGGAGAGGAUGAGGAGUCGCUGGGUGAAGCAUGAGCUGCCAGGGUAUCGGUCUUAGACAGGUGCCUGUGCUGCUCUUAUGGGAGGGGGUCGCUCUGGGCCUGUUCUGCUGCUGGACUUGGGCUGGGGUUGCUGCCGCCGCGGCCGGACCCAGUGAUGGCGGUGGUGCUGGGCCCAUGGGCUGGCUGCUGUCGGACAAAGGGCCCUUCCACAAUGCCCUGGAGUUCACGGAGUCUGUGGAGAGACACCAGCAAGGCUACACCACCAGAUACAAGAUCUACAGGGAGUUUGGCAGAUGGAAGGUCAACAGCCUGGCGGUGGAGUGGCAUGACAACAGUGGCGGCCUGGCUCCGCCCCUCGACCCUGACUUCAUGCACACGGUCAGGCAGCUUGGGAGGCGGCCCACACUCCACAGGAUCACUGAGAAAAUCAUCAAGAAGUACGGGACUCACCUCCUACUGUCCGCCACGCUGGGAGGGGAGGAGUCCUUGACGAUAUUUGUGGAUAAGAGGAAGCUAAGCCGCGACCCGGAACCAUGGGCUGGAGCUGAGGGCAGCAGACACAACGGUACAGGGGCCAUGGCAGGGGCGGUGAACCUGGAGGCCCUUCACCAGCUGGCUGCCUCCUACUUCACCGACAGGGAGAGCACUCUGCGUCGGCUCCACCACCUCCAGAUUGCCUCCACUGCCAUCAGGGUGACUGAAACCAGGACGGGCCCGCUUGGAUGCAGUAACUAUGACAACCUUGACUCUAUCAGCUCAGUACUGGUCCACAGUCCAGAAAACAAGAUCCAGUUACAAGGACUCCAGGUAAUUCUACCAGCCUACCUGCGGAGUCGCUUCGUCCAGGCAGCCCUCAGCUACAUUGGCUGUAACUCGGAGGGCCAGUUUGUUUGCAGGGCCAGUGACUGCUGGUGCCAGUGCGGCCCGGACUUCCCACAGUGCAACUGUCCACAGACGGACCUCGAUGCCCUGGAGAACAACCUAUUGCGCCUCCGGGAGGCUUGGACACUGGCCAACCAGGAGUUUGUGGAAUCAGAGGAGUUCCAAAGUUUUGCUGGAAGGUUGCCAACCCAUUACGCCGUGAACACAUCUGUCGUGGAGCACUUGUGGAGGAUGGAUGGGGGUCUGCUCCAACGCUAUAGGCAGCUGGAGACCACGAGUGGCCUGCUCCUUGACAAAGCACGUCGCGCCGCUAACAAGCUCUUCAGUCUUAGCAAGAGAUGCCGCCAUCGGCCCAGGAUAGUGCUGCAGAGGGAGAGACCCCUUCGUUACUGGCUGAGCUACAUCCUGUCCCUUCUGUACUGCAGUGAGAAUGACCACAUCGGCCUGUACUCUGUGGAGACCCGCAGCUGCUCCUGCCCCUACCUCCACCCCCCCUGCCAGGGCCCCAUCCCCUGCUCAGUAGGAGAGGGCCCCCACUGCACCUCCUGUUCCACUGAGAACCGCACCCGCUGCUCCAGCUGCAACCCGGGCUUUACCCUGGGCCAGGGGCUGUGCCGACCCGCCGUGCCUGACCCCACGGACCCCUACCUGGGCUUGGAGAGCGACCGCGACCUCCAGGACCUGGAGCUGUGCUACCUGCUCCAGCACCGCGACCCACGCAUCACCUUGCAUGGCGUCUUCGUCAGCAACGACGUUCGCCUCAACGCCUGGUUUGACCCGUCGUGGCGGAAGAGGAUGCUGCUGACCUUGAAGAGCAACCGCUACAAGUCCAACCGUGUGCACAUGCUCCUGGGGGUGGCGCUCCAGGUGUGCCUGACCAAGAACAGCACGCUGGAGCCUGCGCUGUCCGUGUUCGUCAACCCGUUCGGGGGCAGCCACUCGGAGAGCUGGACCAUGCCCAUCGGCCAGCAUGGCUACCCCGACUGGGAGCGGACCAAGCUGGAUAUCCCCCUGGACUGCUACAACUGGACCUUGACACUGGGCAACCGGUGGAAGAGCUUUUUCGAGACAGUGCAUUUCUACCUGAGGAGCCGCAUUAGGGAUUCGGUGCCAGGAUUGGCUCCAGGGCCAGAGGUUAGGGGACACAGGAACGCUAGUACAGUGAACCUGGAAUCACCAGAGGGCACCGUGGAACCAGUGGUAGCAUCUUCAUCCCAGAACACAGGCUACAUGAAGAUCAACAGCAUGCAGCUGUUUGGAUACAGCAUGCACUUUGACCCGGACACCAUCCAGGACCUGAUCUUGCAGCUGGACUACCCGUACACUCAGGGAUCCCAGGACUCGGCCCUGCUGCAGCUGGUGGAGAUCCGCUACAGGGUCAACCGACUCUCUCCUCCAGGGGCUCAACCGAUGGACCUGUUCUCAUGUCUGCUCCGUCACAGACUGAAACUGUCCAGCUCUGAAGUGACCAGAAUACUGGCUUCCUUACAGGCUUUCAGUGCCAGACAACCAAACUCUGUGGAGUACGAAGCAACCAAACUAUGUAGUUAAUCAUGAGCGGUGGGCAGGACCAAUGUGAUGUUUUUUCUAUUAACCCAAUCAGAGACAAUGUCUGCCACAUAAGCUUAUAGACUUUGUCCAAUGAGUCCAUUUGUGUCGGUGUACACUGUUCAUGGCUUUAGUUGUAUGUAAGUGUCAUUGAAUUUGAUGUUUUUAAUCACUCAAAUCAAUCCAAUUGCUUUCCUUUGUGUACUUUUAUGAAUUUUAGGAAACAAACCAUCAAUUGGUUAUUACAUUGAUACUAACAUGCACCCGACUGGAGCAUAUGUAUCAAUCCAAUUCAUCUGCUGAGGGAAGGGGAGUGAGACGCUGCAUGUGUUUGUACUGACCAUCUGAAGCUGCAGAAUACAUUGUCUCACAGUUUCUCUAUUCUCCAAUGGGGAGAGAAGGCAUCCUUGGCACAGAUUACCAAGCAUAUAGUGGGGAGAUUGAGAGUAGUAGCCUCCUACUCUGUACCUGGCCGACAUUCACAUUUACUGUGAGGGAUGAGGGAGGGAAGCAGAGAGACAUGCAAAGCAUCAAACACGGGCUAGGUAUCAAUGGCCAUGAUCAGAGAUACAGUUGAAGUCUGAGGUUUACAUACACCUUAGCCAAAUACAUUUAAACUCAGUUUUUCACAAUUCCUGACAUUUAAUCCUAGUAUAA